GUUGCAAUUGGAGUUGCAAGGAGGAAAGGAGUCGCAGGAUGCUCUAAAGGAUCUGCAACACAUCCAUUGAUUGGCUAAAACUAAGGCAUUCCGGCAGGUGCAGCUAGGUGGUGAAGCCGCAACAGCGGCAUUGGGACAGAAAAUGAUCAAACUGCGACCAUAUGUGCCCUCAAAGAGGAUUGCCAUACGGGACUCGUCCAUCGAUGAGGAUGCCAGCGAUGAUGUCGAGGACGAGGUGUUCAUCAAGGAUGCGAGGUCAGCCAAGCGCAGCGAAGAGCAAGGUCUUAAGCGACCCUUAAUGGCUCCGCGGCGGAAGCACAGCUCUGGCGGACCCGGAAAUGGAUCAGGAUCAGGAUCGGCUCCCAUAAUGAAGCAGCACAGGAGACGUCGGUGUUGUCGGUGCUGUGAACCCUUCUGUUAUGCCCUGGCUGCCUUGACGGUCCUCUGUGCCGUGCUCAGUCUGGCAGCUCUCAUGUUAACGCUCUUCCCGCUGCCGCUCCAGCGUAUACGUCACUGGUGGCGCACCGAUCCUGCCCAGCUGGCGGCCAUGUCCUCUAACUCUGCCCGCAUUGGAUAUGGCAGUUCCCUGGGCAGUGAGUUUGUGCCAUGCACUCAGAUCAGUGUCCAGAAGAGAUGGAGCCGCAGUCUGCCGCGGAUGAAUAGCGAAAGUCCCCUGCGUGCGGCUGAUCUAAAUGGAGAUGGGAUCAGGGACGUGGUCUUUGGCUAUGGAGUGGAUGAUAACAUCCAUUACGAGGGUAUUCCCCUGCCACGCUGUCAGUCUGCCCAACAGGGCGAGGAGGUGCCCUGUGAGGGCGGAGUGGUGGCCUUGAAUGGACGCGAUGGUUCCAUCUUGUGGCAGUCAUGGAGUGUGGCCAAUGUCUUCUCGCUGCACUGCAGCGCGGAUGUGGAUGGAGACGGUGGCACGGACUGUGUGGCUGCCGGCAGACUUGGGAUGAUCUAUGCCAUCAAUGGACGCACUGGCUCCAUAAUCUGGCGCUUCCAUGAACUGGAGGUGGAGACCAACUCUCCGAUUGUGAUGGACUUGUACACCAUCAACGAGCUGCGAGAUCUGGAUGGAGAUUCAGUGCCAGAAAUUAUAGCAGCUCAUCUGGAGGAGCGGGAAGAGUCCAAGGCGGGUCACAUAAAGCUCAUCUCUGGUAAAACUGGAAAGGUUAUCCGCAGCAUACCAACGCCCUACAGGGAGGAGAUGUUUGUGCCAAUUCAACUCAUCACCGAGGCAGAUGGCACAGAGCUCUUGCUGAUCCUCACUGGUGGUCAGAAUACACCGGGUGGCAUUUACUCCCUGAGAUUGCAUUCCCUGAUGGCUCACACGAGUGAGAAGCAUUUCACGCCGCUCUACCGGCAACAGGGAUCGGGUCUCAUGGUACCCGCCGUGCUCACCGAUCUCAAUGGCGAUGGCAUCUCGGAUGUGGUGGUGGCAGCCUUUAACCGCAGUGUCCUCGCCUUCGAUGGAGCCAACUAUACGAUGAUGUGGAAUUACACAUUUCCGGCCAGCGAAUGUGUCAGUGCCAUUGUGCCGGGACACUUUGACCAUGACAAUGUGACGGAUUUCAUGGUGAAGUACAACACGGGUCCAGGCUUUCCCGUUUACUACUAUUCACAGACCACAAUUCUGGAUGGACGGACGGGAUUGCCCCAACUUAAUGCCAUGAUGACAGAUGCAGGUGGUGCCAACAGCCUUCUAGGUGGAGUCUCCAUUUCCCAGAGCUUUGGCGGGGACUUCUUCCUGCAUUGGCAGCUGCAGUGCCGGAAUCGUCCGGAAGCCCGUGAUGCCUACGAAUUCGUGCCGGAUAGCGACAUCAUCCUGCAGGCCAGAGCGGAUACCUGUCGCCUGCGUUACAACGAGUCCACGGUGCUGAAGCUCUACGGGAUUGCCAGACACAUCGAACCCCCAGGUGCUGUGCUCUUCAGCACCGAUGAUCUGGAGGUUCAGCUGAAUCGCACGCAACGACCAGCUCCAGCUGGUAAGAAAUCCCCUCUAAAGCAUCCCAAGCUGCUGAAGAAGCUACUGGCUGGAAAUCGGGAGCAACUACUGCGCCAGGUGGCAGCCGGAACAGCGAUAUCUGGCAUUGGAGCUGGAACGGAGCAGCCAGUGGGCAGAAGGACAAAGGGUCACCACAGACAUAAUGCAUUGACGGAGCAACAGCUGCAAGAGCUCUUGCCCCAGGGAGCAGACAAUGAGCUGCCCAGUUUUGGCAUGGCAGGGGGAUAUCCCAAGGAGUCGUACAAGGAGUUUAAGGAUUAUGAUCCCCUGCCGGAGAGUACAAAUCCACUGCGCGUCCAGGAGGAAUACGAUCUAGUGUACAACGAUGAUGUCCCGCCGUUGCUGGAGCAGGUCGAUCGACCCAUCCGCCUGAGGUCCAAAUAUCCCAGCUCCGGGAAUCGUGAUGUUCGCAGUGAUGACCUUGAUAAAGAUAGCAGCACCACUGCCCAAACAGGGUCUAGUACCACCACAGGGAUCCCCCUGGUGGCUCAGUCUCCGCUUAGCCUGUGGGAUCUGGAGCUAGAUAAUGAAGCACGAGAGCAGGCCGCCGAUGGUACUGCCGAGGAAAGAAGUAAGAUGACACUACGUCGGCGACGACGUGAGGGAGAGAGUGUUUCCGGUGCCACCACUUCAGCUGGAGAGGAAACAACAGGAGGCGAUGAUCCCAACGGACCAGAUUGGUACUUGGCUUCCAUCUCAUCAACCGGCGUCCUGCUCAAGGCGCUUGGUAAUGCCAGCUCCUCGCUGGACUUUGCUUUUGUGCUCAACAUCCGAGAGUCGGAGGCCUAUCCGCCGCUCUUUUCGCCACAGGAUCUUAGCUGUGUGGAGGAGAAAAUCAGCGCAUAUAAAAGUUACACCAUCGAUAACCUGCGCGUAUUGCGCAAACAGUUCCUUAAGCAGUGCCUCAACGAGCGACUGGUGGACGCCGAACCGGCUCUGCCAAAGUUCGAGUCACAGCUGGUGGUGACCCGCAUCGGGAUCACGUGCACCUGUCGAACCCUGAGACCAGGUGAGGUCUGCUCGGAACUGGAUCCGCUGGAGGGGCAGCGCUGGAGGGAGUUCAUGGGGAACUCGGGACAUGGCUUCUAUGCCAACAACUAAUUGCUAAAAUCGCUGCCGGUGGGAGGGAUUUCGCAGCGGAGGACUUGGCCCUUUUGGCCACCAAUGCUGGAAAGCUCAUCCUUGCCGGCCGCGCUAUCUCUUUCUCUCGAUGUCUCUGUCAAGUCAACAGUCACUAUUGUAAUUUAUUGUCAUUUGCGUGUUGUGGGGUUUCUUGUAAUCGUAACAGU